AUUGAUAACUCAAGUUAUUAUAUAAUGCCCAGCCAAAUGCCGUCUUCCACGUUUGAAAACAUAUCUAGAGAUGUUGGCAUUCUAACUCAAAACUGUAAAAGGACUUCCUGGCUUUGUUUCAAAUUCAUAUUCCUUCCACCUUCCUUCUUUAACCAUCUCUCUGCCUGGUUUAUCAAACAGUACAACCCUAGCAAAGUGGCUAGUGAUAGUACAUCAGUCGCUUUAUACCGUGGCAUUUGUGUUUUUGAUAUUGAUAGAUCUGGUGGUACAAAGAUACUAGUUACCAUGUCGACUGAUACAAUUGCUCUCCAGGUUUUGUCGUUUUCCGAAAAGGAUGGAUUCGGAAGUACGUGUAGCGAUAUAUACAGUAAAGUAACACAACUUAUUGAAGAUAUCCAAGUGAGAUAUAGCAUGAAAAUAUCUUUUAAAGUCCAUUUCAAAUGCAGUGAUGGAUAUUAUUUUCAAGACACAUUUGAAUUUGAGAAAUUGACAAGCGAGGAGGAGUGUUUCUGUACUCAGCAUAAGCAAAUGCAUCGAUCUGAACAGAUAUAUUCUCCCUGGAUGAAUAAUGAGCUUAAAAGGAAUCCUGACAGAUCGAAAAGAAGCACUAAGCAGGAUGCACAUAAUCCAAAAAAUGAACCAAACAAAGAAGAAGUUGCUUCUAAUCAAACAUCUGUCAAAAUCAACCUUCCUGUUUCUGUCACUUUACGUCAACAGUUAAAUAUCAAAAUGUCAACGAAUGAAAGUCAGUACAUUACUAGCUGUAUCAAAACAGGCAAUACAUUAGUGUUUACCGACUAUAGUAAUAACCAACUUAUUAUUUGCAAUUCAGAUGGUUCUGAUAUACAUAUCAUUCCUCUGUCCUAUAAACCAUUGUAUAUAACAGAGAUAGAUAGUAAUACUGUAGCAGUAUCCUGUGGUAUUCACAGUACCAUACUGAUAAUAAAUAUAUCUACACGUUCUGUCACCAGUACAAUUGACAUCAGUAGUUACUGCUACGCAAUAUCAUAUAAUGAUAAUAACCUGUACGUUGUUAUUGAAGGAAGAAUAAUACAUGUGAUGGACCUGACAGGUAAAGUAAUGCAUACUAUACCGGUACUUUCAGACGGUAUCCGCGACAUUACAGUAGACAGAGACAGGUUGGUCUAUAUAGACAGCUCAUCAAUAUACUGCUGCUCGUUAGAUGGAAAAGUAAUGUGGAAAUUUAAAAAGGAUGAAUUUGAAGAUUUAACUCGUGUAACAACAGACAAUGAGGGGAAUGUUUAUGUGACUAAUGAGGAGACACACACAGUAAUAGUUGUAUCAGAUGAUGGUAAACAUCAUAGAGAACUUCUUACUGAAUCAGAUGGAUUGAAUGGACCGCGGGGAAUUUAUUUUGACAAAAAAGAAAAUACUCUGCUUGUUUGUAAUUAUAUGGACGGAAAAGCUUUUCUUUUCGACGUAAAAAGGAAACUAACAUAGACAAACUUGAAUAAUUGAAAUCAAUCUAAGCUAAUUGAUUGUCAUGAUCUUUACAUUUUCUUUUUAUUUCGUAUUCAGACUCAAGACAAUAUUUUAAGCAUUGUGCUAUGUGUUGUUUGAUCAAAGCAUUGUUUGUCAAUAAAUCAAUUAUAUGUAUGGACAUUUAUAGAAAUGUUGCAUAGUCGUGUUGUUCUUUUUAUUCAAUUAUUCACCUACUGUUUAAUAGUUGGAGAACAAACCUAAAUUUGAGUUAUAGUCCAUUAC